AUGAUAGACGCAUUUUUUGUGUUUAACAAAACUGGGCUAAUUCUCUGGUCAUAUCGAAGUGAAGAUGCUGAACCAUUGGAAAUAUUGGAACAGGUCCUUCGAGGUUUAGUGGAAAAUAUUUUUUUAGAGGAAAGGCUAACACAAAAGUAUUAUGAUCACGGUGCUUAUAGAGUGAAUUGGAGUACAAUUAAUGAAUACCAGAUUGUUCUUGCUAUUGUAUACCAGAAUGCAUACUCAACAGUCUCAACAGGUUCAUAUUUUGAGACACUACUUUCUAUGGCUAGAAAGAAAGUAGUUAAGAUUAUUUUGGAAAAUCCUGAUUCUGUAGAAGAUGAUACCUACUUCGAAGAUUUCAGAAGCCAGUUUGUUCAGAUGAUAGAUUUUUGUGAUUCUAGGUUGAUGAACAAAGGAGGAAAUAAGUCCGACCUAAGUCCUCUAAACAGCUCAGAUGAAAAGAGUUUCGGUUCCAAGAAUAGAAGUUAUGAAGGAAAACCAACCGAUUCGGAAGACAACAUUUCUCAAACUUCUAAAUUUAAAAAAACAAGUAGGCAGUGGAACAGUCAAAAAGUUACAAAGAAAAAUAUGGAACAGCUUGACUAUUCAAAAAAAUGUGGUAAUUCAGAAGACAGUCAAUCCAAGCUCAGUUUCUACGAAAGAAGUGAAGAUGAGGUUAGUGAAGAUGAGUUAGAGGAAAUAAAUCAAGAAAAAAAGGCUGUAUCAUACUGGAGCAGUUUCCUCUCAAGUCAAUUUGGUAUUCUAAAUAGUAAUACAACUUUGACAGCAGAAAUGGUUGAGAAACCUCUACAAAAGCUAAAGAGUCAACUGGUUGAAAAGAAUGUGGCGUCCGAAAUAGCUCAAGACAUUAUUGACUCAGUUUCAAAUGCCAUGGUUGGAGUAAAAACUCAAGGCAGCUUUUCUAAGUUAGAUACUAUUCUACUAAAUAGUUUAAGAGAUGCAAUUACCAAGAUCCUUUCACCUAAGAAACCUAUAGAUGUUCUAUCUGAUGCUUUGAAGGCUAAACAACACAGCAAAGUAUACUCUAUUGCUUUCCUUGGAGUAAAUGGUGUUGGAAAAUCUACCAAUUUAGCCAAAGUUUGUUACUUACUUAAAAACAAAGGGAACCUAAAUGUCCUAAUUGUCGCCUGUGAUACGUUUAGAGCAGGAGCCAUAGAGCAGCUUAAAACUCAUGCAAACUGUUUGGGAGUUCAACUUUAUGAAAAGGGAUAUGGUAAAGAUGCGGCCAUGGUCGCCAAAGAUGCGAUUUCCUAUGCUAGAGAUAAUGGAUUUGACGUUGUUCUUAUUGAUACUGCUGGGAGAAUGCAAGAUAAUGUUCCUUUAAUGAAAUCACUUGCUAAAUUAGUACAGGUCAAUAAUCCUGACCUCGUUCUAUUUGUUGGUGAAGCUCUUGUUGGGAAUGACGCUGUCCAUCAACUUCAGGUAUUCAACAAAUACCUUGUUGAAUUUGGGGAUAGACCCAUAGACGGAAUCAUUCUCACUAAAUUUGACACUGUGGACGAUAAAGUUGGAGCUGCUUUAUCAAUGGUUUAUUCAACUGGGCAACCAGUAGUUUUUAUUGGAACUGGCCAGAAAUACUACAAUCUUAAGACAUUAUCCGUCCCUUCUGUUGUAAAUGCUCUUCUUAAAUCAUAA